UUAGAAGGUACGGUAUGCAUAGAUGCAGUUCGCAGCCGCUUUGGUAAACUUCCACGCCAAGACUCCACGAUGCGUUGAUUCCUUGGAGGGUUAAGGAUGUGCAACGAAACGACGCCACCAGUCGGAAACGAAGACCGACGAGGUUGCUGUCGACGACCACUACUACGGUAACAACAGCACUACCCGAUUGACAGGAUUUAGGACUUUGUCUGUGCCCUACUUCAAAAGAUGCCCCGAAAACCCGACUAUAAGAUUGAUUUGAAUCUCAAAGAAGAAAAUGACGGCUAUCAUUUAAUUGCCACGGCGCCGGGACCCUUGGGUCGCAAGAAUUUGGCCCAUCAAGAAAAGCAAAUGCUGGCUUCUGGAUCUGCCGGUGCCGACGGUAAUAGUACUUCAGCCAUGGCGGCCAGCAGUCAACAACAAAAAGCCUUGCAGUCGAAACUACAAUCCAAAGCCAUGUCAGUUGCUACCAAACCAGGCCAACAGAUUCUCAUGAAUGCCUUUAUGCUGUGGAUGUCGGGCAAGACGUUGAAUAUUUUCUCCAUUAGUGUCACCAGUCAGGCCAUUUUGGGACCCAUCAACAGCAUACUGAGUUUGGACAAAACCUUUGGGCCCAUGCAAGAUCAAAAUGCCGAUGUUUCGAUCCCCAAGUUGAUUUUUGUGGCGUUGAAUAUGGUGUGGCUUGGCAUUGGCUUGUACAAGAUGACUUCUAUGCGUUUGUUACCUACCACCAGCGCCGAUUGGACGGGUUCCAUCGUGUGGAAAGAUAUGAUGGAAAUUACCAGUAUUCCACCCACGUAAAUAACAAUACAAAAGACGAGAGUACAUGUAGGAAAGAAUCAAAUCGUCUAUAGUUGCUGAAAUGGGAGAGGACUUCAGUAGUCAUAUUUCACUCCUAGAGAGUUUAGGAAAAGUCUCUACGAACCAAGUACAAUAAAUUAGGUUGGUUUCAAGAGAGGUGAGUCUUUCUCGUUGGCACGUUCAAUAGCUGUAUGGUACGGGUUUGCUCCUCGUUCUUUGGCUUGAUCUUGGUGCUCGUGUUUAUUAGAACAAUCUGUGGUCUGUUUGCAUGUAUAGAAAAUGAAGCAACCUACUACUAGCUAGUAAGAGAAUACAAAAGUUAGGAUAGUCAAGCAGUAGAAUACUGUCAGCCCUUAUCUUUUUCGUCUGGGCUACCAGUACGAAUGUCCUUUCUGGAAUCGAAUCGGUGCGAGGGAGUGGAGGGAUCAUUGUCCUUUCUUGUUUUUUGAGAAACCCAAAAUUGAAAUUGUGAGAACCCAAAAUUGAAAUUGUGAGAAACCCAAAAUUGAAAUUGUGAGAAACCCAAAAUUGGAAUUG